UCAGAAAAGACUUUAGGAAAUUUUCGUGCUACAAAACGUUUUGCGAUUAAAAAGUUAUGACAUAAAAUAUUGAAUCAAACGCAGCCAAGUAUACGUGCAUUAUGGCGAUCGGGUGCGUGUAAGCUUCGCGCGCUCUUUUACUUUUCGGCAUUUUCCUCGAAAAAUUACCGAGCAUAUGCUAUAAAAAUUAAACAAACAUUCAAUUAAAACACCAACAAAUCUGUGUUCAUAUUAAAAAGGGCCAUUCUCGUUCCAAAUAUUUUUUGAACACGUCGACAAUUCCGAAGCAAAAUGCCACAGACAAGUUUACAUGGGAAAAAAUCACAGACUUACUUACAAGGAGGCAAAGUAGUAACACAAACUUCAAAACGUAAAAGACGGGCAACAGAAAUUUCUGAAGAUUCAGAAAAUGUAUACCCGCCUAGUAAAAUACCAGCAUUAUCACAUGUAUCAUAUGCAGAAUCUUGUCAUACAGUACAUUCAUUAGAAAAUUCAUGCACACCACAUCAAGUGUCUCCAUUGAAAGAGCAACAAGAACCAGCCACAUGGUCUGAAUUAAGAACUGCAACAUGUUUUUUAACGCCAUCUUCUUCUAAUAAUACGUUAAAUAGACCAAGUCCUUUACCAUCAUUUCCAUGGGCUGAUGGUUCUCAAGUUUGGUCUCUUAUGUGUUUGGGAGAUCAAAAGACCAUUACUCAAAGGAAUCCACAAAUGUUCCAAAGGCAUCCAACAUUACAACCAAGAAUGCGGGCAAUUUUAUUAGAUUGGUUGAUUGAAGUUUGUGAAGUGUAUAAGCUACAUAGAGAGACUUAUUAUCUAGCAAUGGAUUACAUAGACAGAUAUUUGUCCAUUCAUCACAAUGUACCCAAAAAUCAGUUACAAUUAAUAGGCAUUACAUGUCUCUUUAUAGCUGCCAAGGUUGAGGAAAUAUAUCCACCCAAAAUAGCAGAAUUUGCAUACGUUACUGAUGGAGCAUGCACAGAGGAAGAAAUCUUAGGAAAAGAAUUAGUAAUUUUGAAAGGUCUUGGGUGGAAUUUAUCCCCAGUCACUGCUCCUGGCUGGCUUAAUAUUUAUAUGCAAAUUGAAUCAGGAGAUUGGUCUAGACCGAAUGCAUUUAUUUAUCCACAAUAUGGAGGUUUACAAUAUUCUCAGGCAGCUCAAUUGUUAGAUCUAGCUACAUUGGAUGAAGGAAGUUUAAAAUUCCCUUAUAGUCACAUAGCUGCAGCAGCUAUUUACCAUACACUAGGAAGAGAAUGUUCCUUAAGAGUAUCCCGUAUUCCAUGGGAGCAGCUUGCACUCUGUGUUAAAUGGCUUACUCCCUUUGCAAUGACAGCUGCUGAAGAAGAUUCUCAGUGCCUUCUAAGGUCUACAAUAACACCUGUAGAAUCACAUUCUGGAUCUGGACUUAAGGCAACAGUGCCUAAUAUAGUAAUGGAUGAAUCACAUCGUAUACAAACUCAUGUAGUAGAUUUAAAUAUGCUAGAAAGAGCACAACAACGAUUAGUAGAUGAAAUUCCUUCUACUGACACAAAUGAAUCUGACUCUAAUCUCGAAUCUGGUAGGCAGAGUCCAAAUGAAAGUGGUCUUUUAACACCACCAUCUAGUAGUCAAAAGAAUUCUACCACACCGUCGCGUCCUCCACCGCAGUUACACCCAUAUACGUAAUCAAAUAUUUAUAAAUACUUCAUAGUCUUUGUUAAGCGUUUCAUUUACUAAUUGCUGGUGAAUGAUUUUAAUUAAACAUAGUAAUGUAUAUGUCUGUUAGGAAAUAUCAUUAACUGCUUGAAACAGUUUUGCCUUGUAUAAAGCUGCACAAUGUGCUAUGAAGUACGGGAUUGCAUAAGUGCACGAUAAUGACAGUGAACACUGUAUAUUAUCGUAAAUAAUACGGUGCUCCCCAUUAAAAUCCAUUGUCUUUGAGCAAUGAUAUUUAUCUUGUAAUAGUAAGACAUACAGUACAAGGUGUUAACCAUUUUCUGUAGUAGUGUCCACAGUGACACUGAAUUUAUUUAAUAUUACUUGUUUUAUUGUGGACGUUUAAAAGAAGUGCCUUGCAUAGAGGAAUGUAAACUUACACGAAAGCCUAUGGCUAUCUUCUGUGAUUAUAUUCAUGCAGUGAAACUUGAUAAUACAUUAUAUUAUUAUA